UCUUUUAUUUUUUUCUAUAUUUGUUUGGCUUGGUUUCUCUCUCUUAAACCGCCUAGCUACAUGAGCUCACUUAAAUUAGCAGAGGGUUAAAGGUGGAGUGUGUAGGUGUUAUUAGGAAGGGGCAGGCUGCUUUUCCUUUUUGCUCACUUGGGGGCUUCAGUUAAAGUAAAGGCUAUGUGAGGGAAUUCUGGUGUGUGUGUUUUUUUCCAUCUGGUUAAAGCAGGUUUCUUUAUAAUCCUCUCUAUCCCACUGUGUCACAGUUUUCUCUCUCUCUUUUCUUCCUCUAUUCUUCCUUCACAGUAUAUGAAAAAUAUCUUCUUUUGAACCAUACUUCUCAUCUGGGUUUUCCUCAAAUUUCUUGUUUUUGGUUAUAUACCACCUUUGGCUGAUGAUAAAUAUCCCACUGUUUUCUUCUUCUUCUUCUUCUUCUUCAAUCAUUUUGUUCACUCGGAAACCAAACUACUUUUUUAUUCAGACCCAUCACAGUUUAAUUAUUUGUCUUUUUCUGUGUUUUUUCCCUCUAGUUUAAGGAAUAUCAGAUCUCAAAACAGCUUUUAUGGUUUCUGUUAUAUAGAGAAAGCUAUAACUGGGAUAUGAGUAGUUGGCUGGUGUAUGAAGUUGGUGAUCUGAUACAAGAUUUUAAGAGCUUGAAGCAUCUGCCACAACAAAACAAAGGGGAAUUAAAGAAGCAAUGAAUAAGAGUAAUUUGGGUUCUGUCAGCAGCUCUGAUCUCAUCGAUGCAAAGCUUGAAGAGCAUCAGCUGUGCGGAUCCAAGCACUGCCCUGGCUGCGGUCACAAGCUUGAAGGAAAGCCGGACUGGUUAGGUUUGCCAGCUGGAGUGAAAUUUGAUCCCACAGAUCAAGAACUGAUAGAACACCUUGAAGCUAAAGUUGAAGCUAAAGACAUGAAGUCUCACCCUUUGAUUGAUGAGUUUAUCCCUACUAUUGAAGGUGAAGAUGGGAUUUGUUAUACCCAUCCUGAGAAACUACCAGGAGUGACCACAGAUGGGUUGAGCAGGCAUUUCUUCCACAGACCAUCAAAGGCGUACACCACCGGGACAAGAAAAAGAAGGAAAAUACAAACCGAAUGUGACUUACAAGGCGGAGAAACCAGGUGGCAUAAAACCGGCAAGACAAGGCCGGUGAUGGUAAAUGGCAAACAAAAAGGGUGCAAGAAAAUCCUUGUUCUUUACACCAAUUUCGGCAAGAACCGAAAACCCGAAAAGACCAAUUGGGUGAUGCACCAAUACCAUCUGGGUCAGCACGAGGAAGAGAAAGAAGGGGAGCUUGUGGUGUCGAAGAUAUUUUAUCAGACUCAACCGAGGCAGUGCAACUGGUCGGAUCGAACUGCAACGGCGGUUGAAGUAAGCAAUGCCAAUGAUCCUAAUAGCCGAAGAGACAGUGGCAGUGGGAGUUGUUCUUCAAAGGAAGUAAUCCCUCUCAGAGAUGAAGUUACCGGAGCUGGGGUUGCCGCUGCUUUAUCGAGUUAUGCCGCCGGUGCCAUGGAUAUCCAACAGUUAAAAUCUGAUCAUUUCAGUUUCACCCCAUUCAGGAAAAGCUUCGAUGAGGUGGGGAUCGGAGAAGCUUCGGCAGCGAGGGAAGCUCCAGUUCAAGGCACAUGCGAAGAGAUACCCGAGCAUCCACGGCCACAUCAUAUGGCACAUGAUCAUCAUCAGCAACAGCAGCAGCACCAGCAGCAGCAACAACAGCAACAGCAACAGCAACAUCAUCAGCAUCACGCACAUCAUCAGAUAGCUACGACGGCCUUCCACAUUAGCAGGCCUUCACAUCCCAUCUCCACCAUUAUAACCCCACCUCCCCUCCAUCACACUUCUAUCAUUCUCGACGAGGACUCCUUUCAUGUCUCCAGAAUAAUGCUUCAAAAUGAAAGUUUUCAGCAGCAGCAGCAGCAGCAGCAGCAUCAACAACAGCAGCAACAACAACAGCAGCAGCAACAUUAUAAACUGGCAGGAAGGUCUGCAUCAGGUUUGGAGGAACUAAUAAUGGGUUGCACUUCAUCUGAUAUCAAAGAAGAAUCAUCCAUUACAAACCCACAAGAAGCUGAAUGGUUGAAGUACUCCUCAUUCUGGCCUGACCCUGACAACCAGGAUCAUCAUGGGUAGAAGCAAAAUUUUAAGACAAACAAAGGAAAUUCCUUACGGACAUCAUUAUUAUCAUCAUUAUUAGUACUUGAAGCCUAGCUCUGGUCAAGUUCUUUUCAAGGAGAGAGGCCAACAAAACCAUCUAUUACUAUAGUUUGCUCCUUUUUUUUUAUUCUUUCUCUUUUUUUUUUUUUCUUCUAAUGGGGGAGGACCAGAGGGACCUGGUUUAUGACUUUCAAAGGCUCUCAAGUCCCAAAUGAACUAACUGUAAAACAGUCCAUGUUGGAAAGAGAGAAAGAACAAAAGGAAAAAAGAGAAGAAAGUAAAGUAAAGAAAAGAAAAGAAAAGAAGAAAAAAAGCAGGAAAAAAGGCUGGUCUCUAUACUGACAAAUAGAAGGAUGGCCAAAGACCCAAAGCAAAUAUCCUUCCUGCAUGAAAAUCACCACCAUUAUGAUGACAAUAUCAUCUUUAUUUGGCUCUAUUCUUAUUAUUUUAUUAUUUCAGGACUCUUGUAUAAUUUCUUUUCUAUCUUUUUUUUUGUCAAAAAAAUAUACCAAAGAGUUUGUGCAAAUUGCAACAAUUACCUUGUUGAUUAUGUUGUGUUGUUAGUCACUUUUCUAGUAAAUAUAUGUAUGGAUUCCCUUACAUAUAUAGAGAAAUGAAAAAUAUCGAUUUCAGAAUUGUUUAGUUCA